AUGGGAUAUAGAACGGUUUCCACACAAACCAUAUUAGUGGUCGCCGGUAUCAUUCCUGCACAUCUGAUGGCAAUGGAAAGACUGAAAUCACACAAGGAUAGGACUAGAAAAGAUACAUCACGAGAAGAAUCUUUCACAAAGUGGCAGUACGAGUGGAAUGAAGCGGAGGCGGGCAGAUGGACUAGAAGGAUGAUACCAGACGUGAAAAAAUGGGCAACAAGGAAACAUGGAAAGAUCAACUUUCACCUGACGCAAAUGCUCACCGGGCAUGGUUGCUUCCGGGAGUACUUACACAGGUUCAAGAAAACGGCGGACCCUAUGUGCGUGGACUGCUUUGCUCCGAGAGACGAUGCUGAGCACGCAAUCUUCCAUUGCGAUCGAUGGUGGCGGCAGAGACGGGACCUAGAGGCCAAGAUGGAAAAGGCGCUGGAGCCAGAAGUGAUGGUGGACUUGAUGCUGAAGAACAGAGACAACUGGAAUGCGGUCGGAUAA